CGUGCCGCGAGCCCCGGAGGCGGGGCCAGGGCCGGGCUGAGGCGGUGCCGCGACAACCAAAACAACGGCCCGGCCCGGCAGCCCUUGCGCCCGCGGCCCGCCGCCACCUUCUCCGCCGCCGCUGCUCGGCGGGGUCCGCUCGGGGCGCGAGGUGGGCGCGGAGACCCCCCCGCUCCCGCUGCCUCCGCCAUGAAGCUCCGCGUACGGCUGCAGAAGCGAACGGCGGCCCUGGAGGUGCAGGGGGCGGAGCCAACGCUGGGGGAGCUGCGCGCGCAGCUCCGCUUGGCCCUGCUGCCCGCCUGGGGGUACAGUUCUGAUACCGCGUUUUCAAUAACAUUGAACAGAAAAGAUGCUCUCACAGAGGAUCAGAAGACCUUAGCUGCAUAUGGCAUUGUUUCUGGAGAUUUGAUAUGCUUGUUACUAGAAGAGCCAGAUGGACAAUCCAGCCUACCUCCUCCUCCUCCUUCUGCUCCACCCUCACUUCAGAAUGGUCAUGAGCCGUCCACCUUGACCCCCAACAUAAGUCAGGCCAACAGUCCAAAAGAAAAAGGGCAGAAUGAGCAAUCUAACAAUGAGAGGGCUCAGGUGGAAGUUCAAGAGAGUGAUGAGAGGGCAGGAUCCAGUCUAGAAUUUUCUUCUGGAUUAGUCCCAGAGGAUGCUGACCUGGAAGAAGGUACAGGUUCCUAUCCCUCCGAACCCAUGCUGUGCAGUGAAGCUGCUGAUGGUGAAAUACCCCAUUCAUUAGAGGUGCUCUACCUUUCUGCUGAGUGUACCAGUGCCACAGAUGCCUUGAUCGUUCUGGUUCAUCUUCUCAUGAUGGAGACAGGCUAUGUACCUCAGGGGAUAGAAGCCAAGGCAGUCUCUAUGCCAGAGAAAUGGAGAGGGAAUGGUGUUUAUAAGCUACAGUACACACAUCCCCUUUGUGGAGAAGGUUCUGCUGGUUUGACCUGUGUGCCUCUGGGAGAUCUUAUUGCUAUUAAUGCAACAUUAAAAAUCAACGAAGAGAUUAAAAGUGUUAAGAGAAUCCAGCUAUUGCCAUCAUCCUUUAUUUGCUUUCAGGACCCAGAGAAGGUUGCAGGUGUUUACAAAGACCUUCAGAAAUUAUCCCGUCUCUUUAAAGACCAGCUGGUUUACUCUCUCCUGGCUGCUGCCCGACAAGCUUUGAACUUGCCAGAUGUGUUUGGCUUAGUGGUCCUUCCUCUUGAGCUCAAGCUUCGGAUUUUCAGACUUCUGGAUGUCCGUUCCCUCAUCUCUCUCUCUGCUGUUUGCCGUGAUCUCUACACAGCUUCCAAUGACCAGCUUCUCUGGAGGUUUAUGUACCUGCGGGACUUCCGAGAUCCUAUUGCAAGGCCUCGUGACACAGACUGGAAAGAACUAUACAAGAAAAAAUUGAAACAGAAGAAGGAGGCCCUGAGAUGGAGACACAUGAUGCUUCUGCCCCCUAUACCUCAUCCAAUCCCCUUUCAUCCCAACCCGUUCUAUCCUAAUCCCUUUCCACCCAACCCAUUCCCAUCAAAUCCAAUCUAUCCUCCAAUGAUCAUUGGGGGAGAAUAUGAUGAGAGACCAGCACUUCCAUAUGUUGGAGACCCAAUUAACUCACUCAUUCCUGGCCAGGGAGAAGCACCAGGUCAGUUUCCUCCAUUCAGACCACAUUUUGACCCAAUUGGCUCCCUGCCUGGAGCAAACCCUACGCUUCCAGGACGAGGUGGUCCCAGUGAUAGGUUUCCACCUCGACCCAGCCGGGGCCGCCCCAUGGACAUUCGCCGUGCAUUCAUUUGAUUGCUGCUUUUUCCUGCAGGGAGUUUUGUAGUUGCUGAGCUUGCUUUCUAACUGCAGGAAAUUGCAAAUCCCAGGCACUAACAUCUGCCUUCAGAUUGUGUCAAGAACAUGCGUGCAUGGUAAUGUCCCAGCCACAGAGGCUGGGUUUGUUUUAUGCUCUGGUAGUGCUGUACCACCUGGCACUUAAGGUCUGUUCCUCAAAGAGCUACAACUUAGAGCAGUUUGUUCUGCCGCCCUCCCUCCUUGCCCUUAAUCGUCUGUGAAGUGCUACUUAGAGACCAGAAUACCGGCCAAAUCCUUAUUGCAUCAGAUAAAGAGCACUUUAAAUACAAACCCUCUUGUCUGUCUUAUUUGAAGAGUUUUACUGAAUUGCCAGGAUUAAGGGUUUUGUGUAAAAUCUGCCCGGCUAAUUAAUAAUCUUUGUUAAUAAAAAAGUUACCACAUAGAACAGAAUGCUGCCACUGUUAUGGUAGAUGUGUGUUCAUGGAAAUUUUUAAAGGUGGUGUUUCCUUUUUCCUUCAAUAUUUUAUUAGGUAAAAAGCGUUUUUGUAUUGUUAAUGCACAAAGAGUACAGCAAAAGGAUUUUCUUUACAAUGGAAAUAUUAGAACACAAAUUAAUUGAUUUUACAAACAAUUGAGUAAAGUCAUGCUACAGUGCAACUCAGAAGUCUAAGCAGAAGCAGAGCAGUUUUACAAAGAAUCAGCAGCAAAACUUUUGACUUUGUCCUUGACUUUGCAAAUAAGGAUCUGUAGUACGUGACUGCAUUUACUGUGUUUGAACUAAAAGUGGUGUGAAAAUACAUCUUUUCUCCCCAUCUGACAUACUUAAAGUAUUAAAUAGGCUGACCUGGUUGCAGUGGGAAUGGGAUCACAACAACAUGAGAAGCAGAAUGAAUUCUGAUUUCCAUAAAUUCCAUUUAAUUCCAUUACUUAAGUAUCACAUGAUUUCUUACCAAAACAAAAUGUGUCAUAGCAUGUUAUGAGCACCUUUCAAGUGUUGUCUUAUUAACUAAUGAGCAGCUAACAAGACCACUUUCAAAGUUUCCUGAUGAGACCUGCAAGCUGAUGCUGGAGCUCAAUUAAAGGAAGACUGGAAUGACUAAACUUUACUAGAACUUUUAAUUUCUUAUGUAUUUUUUAAGAUGAUUGAUCUCAGUGUUUCUAUAAAUGUGAAUGGUACUAAUGAGACUGUUGUGACAACUGAUACUAUUUUCUAAAACUUUUCUGAAAUUCCAGCUGUGGAAAUGGAAUGACAUUUCCUGUUAAAUACAAGCUAUUUAAUCAGUAAUACUUAUGUGCUUUUUCAGGUGAGAUUUCAGUGGUUCAUCUUCUUGUUUUGUAUAAAAUCAGCUGACUUCAGUAAGGUCAGGGAGUUUUGCCAGUGGAAGUAAAAUAUAAUACUUUAUUUUGCUGUCAAAA